AUGGCUGGAUCAGCUUUAGAUGUCGAAAUAGCUGGCAACACGCUGGAAUACACCGAUGGCAAGAUUGACCUGAAUGACAUCCUGUGUAUACUGCCAGGCCAGGCACCCAACGAGCAUCGCGCACUGUUCUUCCAGGCCAAAAAAGACAGCGACGAGUCAGAAGAGCGCACAUAUCUAAAGGAGCUCGACAUAAAGAACCUACCGGCAGAGCUAUCUAGCUUCAUAACGACCGUUCCAAGCCAUCUUCAAAACACAGACAAGCCACCGGUGAUCCAAGUGGUGAUAUCCACAGGCUCAGGAACAGGCAAAGCCCAAAUCGUCUUCCAAGAUGCCAUACAGCCUCUAUUUAACUAUAUUGGACUAGAAGGCAUCGAGAUCUACGAAACAGAAUCUGCCCAAACAAUCACCGAACUGACUCGAACCAAAUUCAUCAAAUAUGCCGCCGAAGGCGUGCCCCAAACCAUUAUCCUCCUCUCAGGCGAUGGCGGCCUAAUUGACAUCCUUGACAUUUUCUACAAAUCAAAACAAACGCUGAAAGUCCCGCCUAAUAUCGUUCUCAUCCCAUGCGGGACCGGCAACGCCAUGGCGAGCUCAAUAGGGUUACGAUCUGGGCCCGUACCCGGUUUGUCUACAUUACUCCGGGGCACACCAUCUCCCAUCCCAGUCUUCGGCGCUAGAUUCUCGCCUGGGAGCCAGUUUGUCAUGGAUGAGGGUCGUCAGCGGGCGCCGAUAGACGGCGACGAUGCGGAUGCAGAUGCAAAUGCUCCGUACCGAACGGUCCACUGUGCCGUCGUUGCCAGCUGGGGUCUGCAUGCCGCGCUCGUGGCAGAUAGUGAUACAUUUGAAUACCGCAAGUUUGGUAUUGAUCGGUUUAAAAUGGCUGCUAAUGAGCUGCUUUACCCGUCGGAUGGGUCUCCGUGUCAUCGGUUCAAGGGGAGGAUCACCAUGUCGCUACGGGAUGAUGGGGCAGAGGGGGAUGUUCGUCGGGAGAUUAUGGAAAGUGAUGAGCAUAUGUAUGCGCUUGCUGCUAUGGUUCCGCGUCUCGAGAAGGAGUUUUUGAUUUCUCCUGAGUCUGUGCCGCUUAGUGGUGAGAUGAGGUUUCUUCGGUUUGGACCUAUGUUGCCGGAGGAUGCGUUGCGGUUGAUGGCUCUUGCUUAUCAAGGUGGUCAGCAUGUCACGGAGGAGACAGUGACGUAUGUCGAUAUUGAAGGGUUGAGGAUUGAUUUCUUGGAAGACGAGGAGAGAUGGAGGCGGGUAUGUAUUGAUGGGAAGAUUGUUGCAGUUGACAAGGGUGGGUGGAUGGAGUUGUAUAAAGAGCCUGCGCGGUUACUUCGAGUGAUUCAGUAG